AAUUUGUUCCUAUUAAGAGAUUUAUUUCAGAGUUAUUAAAUUCAAUCGAAAAAUAUUUAUAAAUUAUCAUUAAAAAUAAAGUGUCAAGUGUAUUAAUUACGUAAAAGUGUUGUUAAGUGUAAUAAAGUGUUAGUGAGAACAAUAAAUUUCGAAAAUUACUGUGAAAUUAAAGACUUAAAAUGUCUGAUAGUGAAAACGUGUUAUUUGUUCGAUCGAACCGUGAAAAUAUUGACAAAGAUGAUGUCUGGGAUGAUUCGAUUCUAAUAAAAGCCUAUGAUCGAGCUGUAAGUUUGGCUAAAGAAGAAGUUGCAAAGGGAUUAAGUAUCGAAACUACUAACACCUAUCGAAAAAAUUCAGCAAAACAUCGUGACUCCCGCGAUAGUUUAUCUGAUGAUUUGGUAAAUAAAUGGACCGUUGGUUCUCAAUGCCGUGCUAUUUACUCAGUUGAUGGACAAGCCUACGAGGCGACUAUUUUGAAAAUAUUCAAAGACUCCAAAACCUGCCUUGUUAAAUUUUUAGGAUAUGGUAACACUGAGAAAGUGGAAUUAUCAUCUCUAUACGAGUCUGAUGGGAUGGAAAAUCAACUAGGUUAUGAACAAAUGUCUACAUCAGAUACUGCAUCAUGCUCGAAUGUAAAAUAUUCAAAUGCUAAUUAUGAGCAAGUAAAAAAUGAAUAUAACGAAGAGAAAAUGACAUUUGAAACCGGAAAUCAACAUCAGCAGCCUAGUUUUCCAAGCUCAAGUUUAUCGUUCGAUGGAAUUCCGCCUCCUCCGCCAAUUCCCCCUCAGCUGAUGGACCGACUUCCUAAAAAUGAUACUGAUGCGCUCUCCAGCAUGCUCAUGUCAUGGUACAUCAGUGGUUUUCAUACUGGCUAUUAUCAUGGUAUCAAACAAGGACAAAAAUCAAAGAAAAACGACGGAUGAACCCCUAUUUAUUACUCAUUCAUUAUAUUUUCAUCAAGAUUUAUUUAAACAUUUAUUUUAAAAAAUUUAUAACUUUUGUAAAAAAAUAUAUUGUAAUAAUCA